GGGUCUCCUUGGAGACGGCUGCCCGCGCCCCGACGGGCGUUGAGCUGAGCCGCGGGCCCGAUGGACGCCGAGAGCCUUCUGCUGUCGUUGGAGCUGGCGUCGGGCAGCGGGCAGGGCCUUAGCCCGGACCGUCGGGCCUCGCUGCUCACUUCCCUGACGCUGGUGAAGCGCGACUACCGCUACAAUCGAGUCCUCUUCUGGGGCCGCAUCCUCGGCGUUGUCGCCGAUUACUACAUCGCGCAGGGCCUGAGUGAGAACCAGCUCGCACCGCGCAAGACACUGUACAGCCUGAACUGCGUCGAGUGGAGCCUCCUGCCCCCAGCCACGGAGGAGAUGGCCGCGCAGACGGCCGUGGUGAAGGGCCGCUUCAUGGGGGACCCCUCCCACGAGUACGAGCACACCGAGCUGCAGAGGGUGAACGAGGGCGACAAGGCCUUUGAGGAGGAAGUGGUGGUCCAGAUCAAGGAGGAGACGCGCUUGGUGUCCGUCAUCGACCAGAUCGACAAGGCUGUGGCCAUCAUCCCCCGAGGCGCCCUCUUCAAAACCCCUUUUGGCCCCAUCCAUAUCAACCGCACCUUUGAAGGACUGCCCUUGUCUGAGGCCAAGAAGCUCAGCUCCUACUUCCACUUCCGGGAGCCAGUGGAGCUGAGGAACAAGACCCUGCUGGAGAAGGCCAGCCUGGACCCCUCACUUGACUUCAUGGACUCCCUGGAGCAUGACAUCCCCAAAGGGUCCUGGAGCGUGCAGAUGGAGAGGGGCAACGCCUUGGUGGUGCUGCGCAGCCUGCUCUGGCCGGGCCUCACCUUCUACCACACUCCCAACACCAAGAGCUACGGCUACGUCUACGUGGGCACUGGCGAGAAAAACAUAGACCUGCCCUUCAUGCUGUAGGCUGGUGCAGCCCGCGGGCUCUGUAGUGUCUGAGCACUAUUUUUAUAAAUGGUAGUGUACUGCC